CCCGCUCUGUGGCGGGAAAGGAGCCGCGUUUGGCGCGAAACGGGAGCGCGGCGGGGGCGGAUCGCGGGGCCUGAGCAAAUCGCGGGGCCUGAGCGGAUCGCGGAGUCUGGGCAAAUCGCGGGGUCUGAUCUGAUCGCGGGCGCAGCCGGCUUCCCUCGGCUCUCACCGCCUUCCCCGGCAGCAGCAGCAGCGGCAGAGGGAUCUCUCCCAGGGCGGCCGGCAGAAUGGCGGCGCCGGCGGGCGGGCUGGAGGACGCGGAGCUGCGGGAAGCGCAGCGCGAUUAUCUCGAUUUCCUGGACGAUGAGGAAGACCAAGGGAUUUACCAGAGCAAGGUCCGGGACAUGAUCAGUGAGAACCAGUAUCGGCUCAUCGUCAACAUCAACGACCUGCGGCGCAAGAACGAGAAGAGAGCCAGCAGGCUUCUGAGCAAUGCCUUCGAGGAGCUGAUUGCCUUCCAGCGUGCCCUGAAGGAUUUUGUCGCCUCUGUCGAUGCCACCUAUGCCAAGCAGUACGAGGACUUCUACAUCGGGCUGGAGGGCAGCUUUGGCUCCAAGCACGUGUCGCCAAGGACACUGACAGCCUGUUUCCUCAGCUGCAUUGUCUGUGUGGAGGGCAUCGUGACAAAGUGCUCUUUGGUGCGUCCCAAAGUCGUCCGGAGUGUCCAUUAUUGCCCGGCUACCAAGAAAACAAUUGAGCGCCGAUACACAGACAUGACUUCCCUGGAUGCUUUCCCAUCCAGCUCCAUCUACCCUACAAAGGAUGAAGAAAACAACCCACUGGAGACAGAGUUUGGCCUCUCAGUCUACAAGGACCACCAGACCAUCACCAUCCAGGAGAUGCCUGAGAAGGCCCCAGCAGGGCAGCUGCCACGCUCAGUGGAUGUGGUUUUGGAUGAUGACCUGGUGGACAAGGUGAAGCCUGGGGACCGCAUCCAGGUGGUGGGGACGUACCGCUGCCUGCCCGGGAAGAAAGGGGGCUACACUUCAGGCACUUUCAGGACCAUCCUCAUUGCCUGCCACGUGAAGCAGAUGAGCAAAGACCUCCGGCCUCUCUACUCUGCUUCAGACGUGGCCAAGAUCAAGAGAUUCAGCAAGAGCCGCUCCAAGGAUAUCUUUGACCAGCUGGCCAGAUCCCUGGCUCCCAGCAUCCAUGGGCACGAGUACAUCAAGAAGGCCAUCCUCUGCAUGCUGCUGGGAGGGGUGGAGAAGAUCCUGGACAACGGGAGCCGCAUCCGAGGAGACAUCAACAUCUUGCUGAUAGGAGAUCCGUCUGUGGCCAAGUCCCAGCUGCUGAGGUACGUGCUGAGCACAGCCCCCCGGGCCAUCCCCACCACCGGCCGCGGCUCCUCUGGCGUCGGCCUCACCGCUGCUGUCACCACAGACCAGGAGACAGGGGAGCGGCGGCUGGAAGCGGGAGCCAUGGUGUUGGCCGACCGGGGCGUGGUGUGCAUCGACGAGUUCGACAAGAUGUCCGACAUCGACCGCACGGCCAUCCACGAGGUGAUGGAGCAGGGAAGGGUCACCAUCGCCAAGGCAGGCAUCCAGGCCCGCCUCAACUCCCGCUGCAGCGUCCUGGCUGCUGCCAACCCCGUCUACGGCCGGGUGAGUGCUGCUGGUGCCCUUCCCUGGAGAAGGGAGGAGGCAGCUGGUCAAUUCCAAAAGAUCCCCCAUGUUAUAAUAGCAUCCAGACCAGUACAGACCCCAUGGGGAACAUUGGCUGCAGGAUCACUGCUCUCCGUUUUGACGCUCUUCAGUGCUGGCCAGAUGGACCGAAGGACAAGGAGACUCGACCCUUCCUGCGAUGCACCGACUAACCGAACCAACGAGCAGGAUGGGGAUGCCAUGCCCCUGGGCAGUGCUGUGGAGAUGCUGGCUACAGAUGACCCUGACUUCAUGCAGGAGGAGGAGCAGGAGCUGCAGGUCUAUGAGAAACACGAUGACCUCCUGCACGGGCCCAACCGCCGCAAGGAGAAGGUUGUCAGCAUGGAGUUCAUGAGGAAGUACAUCCAUGUAGCAAAGAUGAUCAAGCCCGUGCUCACCGAGGAGGCGGCGAGCUACAUUGCUGAGGAAUAUUCCCGCCUGCGCAGCCAGAGCCAGAUGAACUCAGAUGUGGCCAGGACCUCCCCCAUCACAGCCCGGACCCUGGAGACCCUGAUCCGCCUCUCCACAGCCCACGCCAAGGCCAGGAUGAACAAGACUGUGGAUAUGCAGGAUGCUGAGGCAGCUCUGGAGCUGGUGCAGUUUGCCUACUUCAAAAAGGUGCUGGAGAAGGAGAAAAAGCGCAGGAAGCCAGCGGAGGAUGACUCAGAGACUGAGAAGGAGGAAGAUCAGGAGUCACAGGACAAGGAGGAGCGCAGGACAAGGAGAAGGAAGAAGGCGCGCACGGAAGGGGAGGAGGGCUCCUACGACCCGUACGACUUCAGUGAUGCUGAGGAGGAGAUGCCACAGGUUCAGGCACACCCUCCGAAAACACCUGAAGCCUCAGGAGAUGGUGAAGGGAAGAAGGUGGAAUUGUCUGAGCCGAGGUUGAAGGCAUUCAAGGCUGCUCUCCUGGAGGUGUUCAAGGCCUCCCAUGCCCAGUCUGUGGGCCUGAAGAGCGUGAUGGAAUCCAUCAACCGCGACAACCCCGAGCCCUUCUCGGCCGCCGAGGUGAAGCUGGCCCUGGCCCACAUGCAGGAUGACAACCAGAUCAUGGUGUCUGAUGACAUUAUCUUCUUAAUCUGAGCCUCUGGGUGCAGGAGCCCAAGUUGUUCACGGACUCUCAGCCUGGAGACUCUUCGUGUUUUAAUGCUUCAUGUGGCUGAGCUGGAUUUUGGGAAGCUCAAGUCUGUGCAUUUCCUUGCUGUGCAUUUCUGGCCAGGAGCUCUGGAAGUUCUUGCUGUCUUCAGAGUGGAGUAUUUGGGAAGAGGUUUCUGCAAGGAGACGAAAGGAAAAACCUAGGAGCAGAUUGUCAGUGUUUUUAAUGUAUUGUUUUUAGCUUUGGUGUUCAGAUUUCCAGCUUUUAAAUAAAAAAAUCUGGAUUGGAAUCC